UUCAUCCACAGACUAACGUAAAAAAAAUGGCUGAAGUUGAUUUCGGGGAUCGUGAGCUCUUUCAGCAGCUUGAUGAUAAUGCACUGUUGCCCCCCAGGCAUAUUCGCUUUCCAGAUGGCGAUGAAGAAAACGAAGAGGAGACGACUCAACUUCGGAGCAGGCUUGAGGAGUGUGAAGACAAAAUUGAAAGACUCACUGCGGAGAAUAAAGUUUUACGGCGUAAAUUGAAUAUCCUGACACGACCAAGCGGCAUCACAAUUGAAGAUGUCAACAUCGACGGACCACUUCUACAGCUGCUUUUUACAAAUAACAUUGUAUCAAAGCGGUGUCGUCAAGAAAUUGAAGACUGCAUCUGCAGUGUGUUUUUGAAGCAUCAGAAACCAAGUAAUGAACAGAGGGAAUCUUUGUUUCACAUGAAACCGCAGAGUUCAGCUUUUGCUUUGGAUGAAGAUCCACAGAAGUUUUCUGUCAGUAGUGUGAAGACAACAAAAGAGGCCUUUAAAGUCGUUGGAAGUGUAUUAUAUUUCACUUCUUUCAGUGUUGACAAGCUUGGACAGCCACUGGUAAAUGAAAAUCCCCAACUGACAGAUGGAUGGGAUGUUCCAACUUACCAACAGGUUUUUAACCAGGUCAUUGGAACUAAUGGACAGGAAAUAGAAAUGAAAGACAAAAGACCGAAGUCUAUGUGUUUCAACUGCGGCUCCAUCAGUCAUCAGCUUAGAGACUGUCCCAAGCCUAAAGACAUGGCUGCAAUUAACGAGAGAAGAAAGGAGUUUAAUCAGAACAACAACCAGGGCAUGCAGAGUAACCAGCGAUACCAUGCAGAUGAAGUAGAGGAGAGGUUUGCCAAGUACAAGCCUGGAGUCAUGAGUGAGGAGUUGUUGGCAGCUCUGGGAAUUGAUGGCAACACCUUACCUCCCCUGAUUUAUCGCAUGAGGCAGCUAGGCUAUCCACCAGGUUGGCUCAAAGAGGCAGAGAUGGAGAACUCAGGUUUAUCCCUAUAUGAUGGAAAUGUAUCCAAUGAUGGCAGUGUAACAGAUGGCAAUAAUGCACAAAACAUCUCUUAUGACGUUUCCAAACUGGUAGAUUUCCCAGGCUUUAAUGUAGCGAUGCCUUACAAAAUGAAAGAUGAAUUCAUGCAGUAUGGUUCGAUUCCAAUACAAAGCAGCCACAUGAAGCAAAACUAUGCAGCCUACCUGUCCAGCAACUUUCCUCAGCAGCCUGGUGCCACCAGCAACAAAAGACAACAAGAAUUCGACUCUUACCCACAGCAAAGGAAGAAGAAUAAGUCAAGCCCUGAUCGGAUCUCAGACAGAAGCUCAGAUAUGGAUAUUGAAUCAGAUCCAGGAACACCUUAUUGUCAUAGCUCUGGCGACUUCCAUUUCCAACCUCCUCCGCCCCCCGGGUCUCCUUGCUUCAGCUCACCCCCUCCUUUACCCCAGGGCACUCCCCCUGCUACACCCACCCCCCCACCUCUUCCUAAAGGUACACCUCCACUGACACCCACCAAUGGCUCGCCAGCUCUGCCAGGGCGUAACUGGACAGUAGUUGAUGAGACUGUUGAGGAAACAGAAGAUGAGCUUACUCUUGAGGAACUGGAGGAGCAGCAGAGGCAGAUUUGGGCUGCUCUAGAAAAUGCUGACACUGCCACAAAUAGUGACUGUGAGACACCUGCAUUGGGAACACCUGCACCCAGCUCACCAAGUGUGUCCACACCUGCACAUGUGGACACAGAUAUGAAAGAGACCGAGGAGGUAAUGGAUGUAUUGGGACCUGCAGAACCUUGCCAUAGUAAUGAAAUUCAAAGGAAACCGGAGAUGCAAGACAUUUUCACUCAAAGUCCUGGGCCUCUCAAAGUUGAAGAUGACAGUCCUCAGAGCCCAGAGCCUGUGAAAUCCCAAGAUAAUAGCCCACAGAGCCCUGGUCCAAUCAAAUCCCAAGAUGACAGUCCACAGAGUCCUGUUCCAGAGUUAUCUCAUUUGGCAUCUGGAGACUGUGCUUCUCCUGGGCAUGUGGAGAAGGUUACAGCUGUCCCUCAUCGAAGCAGGUUUGCCGCUGGCAUUGUUCCAUUUGAAGAAACACCUGAAUUUACAGAAGUAGCAGAAGCCACAGGAACAUACCUUAGGAUCAGAGACUUACUCAAAAGCUCUCCACGAAGUUUGUCAAAGAAAAAAUAACAUCAUUCAAAAUACUAUCAUUUUUUUUUUUCAAAAUAUUCUGUUUUCAUUUCCAUCAGUUAAGAUUUUUUAAGCCUUUUUGUGUUUGUGAUGUAUAUACAUUUGAUCUGUAAGAAUGUUGUAAGGGAGUCUUUUUAGGGAUGCUAUAACAAAAUUAGCUUCUAUCAUUUUCACAUUUUUGCAGCAUUACUUGAUUUGUUUAUUUUAUUGUGAAAUGUGUAUAAUUACUGAUCUGCUUUCAUAUGAUGUUUAAUUGGCUCUUUUUGUUAUCCCAGUUGUAGCGUUUUUAAAACAUCUAGUAAACAUGCUUGUUUUUG